GAUAUUUGAGGGGGCAAUCUAAUGAUGAAUACAGGAAGGGAUGGGAUUAAUGUAAAAUGUAGAGAUGAUCGUUUAACCAAGGAGAAACAUUACCUUAUCAAAAAUUGAAGGAAAGGAAGAGAGAAUUGUAAAAGAUAUUAGGGAGAUUGAGAUGAAGAGAAGAGGAAAAGAUAGAAUUCAAAUCAAAUAAUCUCAAAUUUUCUCAGUCAAAAUUCUUAGCUGCCAAAAGGGGAAAAGAUAUGUAUGGAUAGUUUGAGGAAAGCAAAAAGGAUAUGGAAUAUCCUCUGCGGGCAGAAGUAUAUAGUGGGAUCAAUUUAGGAGUAUGAAUAUUAUCUUAUAUAAGUUAGACAUUGUAAUUUCGUGCGGUAAACAGUCAACUUGGUAUAAAAUGGAUUGGUGAUUUGUCAUAUUUCAAAAUAGAAACAUAAUUGUGAUUAAAAGUACAGCUCCUGAUCCCUAUUUUAUCACUUUGGUAAUGCUUCCAAGGUUGCUUUUCAAUUGGUACAGUAAUAGCCUCUGAUAAUGUUAUCUGUUGUUGACGUCUAAGCCUUCAGUACGGGACUGUGAAUUUCCAAGAUAACUAAGGUGUAUCCCCGAAGCAGUGAAGAAUUGUUCAUUUUUACCCAUUUGCAUAUUUUAAAAAUCCUAACCCUUAGAUUAGUCCCGGAUGGCGUUGAGCACGGUGAGACUGGAGCCAGGCACCGGUGUGAGUUCUCCGCGGGAGUCCGAGUCCGAGUCCGAGUCAGACUUCGUGCCGGCGUUGCCGGAAUCUUCGGAGCCGGGCGGAGAACUCGGAGCUGACGGGAAGCGAGUAAUGCCCGGCAUCGUAUACCUGGGGCAUAUCCCGCCGUGCUUCCGGCCCCUGCAUGUGCGGAACCUGCUCAGCGUUCACGGCGAAAUCGGUCGCGUCUUCUUCCAGACGAAGGACCGAUCGGGCCGAGUAAGGAAAUUCCGGAGCUCGUCCGAGGGCCGCCGCUUGGGGCAGGACUACACCGAGGGCUGGGUGGAGUUCCGAGAUAAGCGGGUGGCCAAGCUGGUGGCGGCCAGCCUGCACAACACGCCCAUGGGCGCCCGGCGCCGAAGCCCCUUCCGAUACGAUCUGUGGAACCUGAAGUACUUGCAUCGAUUCAAGUGGAGCCAUUUGAGCGAGCGCCUGGCCUAUGAGCGGCAGGUCAGGCAGCAGCGCCUCCGGGCCGAGAUCACCCAGGCCAAGCGCGAAACAGAUUUUUAUCUGCAGAGCGUGGAGAAGAACAAACAUUUCCUGAAGAAGGCGGAAGUCGCGCUGGCCGCUGGUGAGACGGAAUCGGUAGUGGCGGAAAAGAGCUGGGGCUUCAUCCAACGUCCCACUGAGAUGGAGAUCAGGAAGCACAGAGAGACUCAGACCAGCCAGGGCACGGAUCAGCAACUGCAAAUCCAGAUCCACGAGUUUGCCCGGAAGGCUCAGCCAAACGAGUCGCUGCUAGCCAAGAUCUUCCGUCCUGGAGCCUGAGUGUUUGUGAAACUGACUUCAGUUAUCUCAACUGAGCACAUUGGGAAUGACCCCGCAUCUGUAAAUCUAGUUCACUUCUGGAUUUUCUGCCCAUUUGAAACCUUCCACUUACUAGUUUGUUUCGACAGACUUCAGGAUGCAAUUUUUACAUUUCAAACAAUAAAAUCUUGCCACUGGGGGAGAAAAAAAGUUUAACUAGGUGGCGCAGUAGAUAAAGCACCAGCCCUGAAGUCAGCUGGACUUGAGUUCAAAUGUGAACCCUGGGCAAGUCACUUAAUCCCAAUUGCCUCAACUAAAAGAAAAAGAAAUUAUAUUCCCAACUUCUCUUCCUUAAGCAGAAUAACCAGGGCAUAAUUUGGCCUUUUUCUUAAUCAAUGUACAACCUCAGGAUGAAUAUCUUUUACUUCACUGAACAGCAAUUAAACAUCCUAAUUCCACGUGGACUUUUUGUUUCUUUGCUGAUUCAUUUUCAAGAUGUAUGUAUAUUAGUGUGACUUUAGGUAAGUCACUUAUUCUCUUGGUUCUCAAUUUAUUCAUCUAUAUAUGGGUGGGUUGUACAUGAUGAUUACUAAGAUCCAUCUCAAAACUAAUGUUAUAUGAUAAUGGAUUUCACUCACAGACUAAUGGCAUCCUUUCCUCCUGGAUUUCAUUUCUUCUAAUUUAUUUAAUCUAUUGUAGAAUAGUAAACUAUAUAACCAAGUUUAUUCCAAUUAGCUAUUACGUAAAUAGACUCAGUAUAUCUCUAAGGGCUUUAUAUACAAAGCAAAAUUCAGUGAUUCAGCAUGUUAACUUUGUGACGUCUAUUUUAUCCAAGAUCCUUUUGUUCAUUUCCAGUUUGAGGUUUUUGUUCCGAGGAUUGAAGGUUUCAGAAUAAUGAUUCUUAGAUAAGUGGGCUGCUAGUGUAUAUAAAUUCAAAUCCUCAUUCCUAAGCUACACAAAAGGACACUCACCAAGUGAAUCCUCUAUGAUUUCAGAACCAUCAUGCCCUAUAUUUUCCUUGCUAAAAGAAGAUGCACAACUCAAGCAGAAUCUUUAGGGAUCGACUAUUUACCUGACCUCUUCAUCCCAUGUCUCAGGCUGCAUCAUUAAAGAACUAGACACCCUUAUUAGAAGGACUACAGCUUGCAGGGGUCACAGAUGACCAAAAGUGAAUUGGCAAAACUAAGAACCCAGCAAGGCAGGAGCCCAAAAGGAGAAGAAUAUCCAAUGUAUCCCUACUGGGAACAAUCAGAGCACUAAGUAUGAAAGACAUCAGGCAGUAGAGCUGGAAAGCCAUGAGAUCCAUAAACUGCCUGAAAUCUGAUACUUGUUAGAGAUGAAUAUUAAUAGUGAUGGCUGGAUUCUUUCUUUUUUUUUCCUUGCUGGUUAAAGAAGUGUAUAUUUAAUGGGGUCCAUGUUUUAAUUAAUGUUUUUGUAUUUCAUAUAUUCCCAUGCCUCUUAAAUUCAAAUGGGCACUUGGAAAUUCUUCAGGUAGGAAAGGCCCUCCAUCAAUGUAAGGUUAUUAUUAAUCUUUAUUAUUAAUAUUUAAUACUCUAAUAAAUAAUUAACUACAUUACAAA